CUUGUCCAGUUCUUUUUCUCCUCUCAAUUUAUUAAAUCUGCAAUUCAGUCCCUUUCAAAGUGAAAGGUGCAGACCUGAAAUUUGUCCCUCUUUAAAUCGACUAGCUACUCAUUUCUAACAUACACAGAAAGCACUUGCUGUGCCACACCUUUACAUUUCACCACCCAAUUGGUGUAAAAAAUAUAUUUUCACAUUGUAUUUGAACUGUUUAUUUCCUUUCCUAUUGAUCUAGUCCCAUAGCUGGAGUCAGACGUCACCACUAUAACAUCUGGAUAGCUGAGGAUUAGAAAAUUAUUUUUGUGGACUAAGAGGUGAAAUGCAUCGGGAAGCUGUGAGAUUUGCAGCAAAAAUAUUUUCCUUAACAUAUACUCUUUUUCUCUCUCUUGAAUUUAAUAAGACAUCAAACAAUGCAGCUCGUCAUGCUACUGAGAAAGCACAAAGGUCAGAAGACGUCCUGAAAGAUUUUCCCAGCUCAGAAAAAAAAAGGAACAGUUACAGCUUUAUCUCUGACUGUUAUAAAGCACUGACAUUGGAGACUCCUUCCAGAACUCUCUAAUCUGUUUGUGGGACGUCCACCAUACUGUAUAAAUCCCUGUGUAAAUCGUUUCUAUAGAAACGAUUAUGAGUGCAGUGAUAUUAAACUUGCAGCCGGAGUUACUGUCCGAGCAGCUGCGAUAGAAAAUGAAUCUACACCUUCUGUCCAGUCAGAAUCAAGCCUUCAAGAGCGCUGUGGUUUAAGAAUUUAUAAAUUGUAUUAUGCACCAGAGUUGUAAUAGUAAAGGAAGUGUUGCUGGAAAUGUGCUCUGUGGUGAAUAAGUGUUUCAGUCACUGUAUUAAAACGGGUACAAUGGCCACGGUCAUGAAGAGAUUUCAGCCGUUGCACGUAUUACUGGGUAUUUUUAAGCUAAUUUGAUUUUCAAAUCUGACCCAGGUGAAGUCGGCAUGAACUUGUUUACAUAGCAUGUUACGCUGCGAUGCUAGCCUGAAGAGUCAGAUAAAAGGGACACAAUCUGCUCAUAUCAGAGUGCUUUAUUUAUCCAGAGUCUUGCGCAUCCAUCACACUUAGGUGUUCCGUGGACACAAACAUUAAGUCCAGGUUAAUACACAGAUGCCAUUCAGGACCGCAUCAAAAAGCCAAUUGAUUUGUUUCCUUCUCCUUCCAUUACCUCUUAACUCCAUUUCCGCUUUAGAACGAAAUUCUCCUUUAGGCCAGGCUGCAGUCCGUAUUUUGUUUGUGUGUAUGUGUGUGUGUGUGUGUGUGUGUCAAUGUUUUGUUGUGUACGCAAAGACAGGUGCGGGUGAGGUUCCUGCUCCUUGUCUGAAAGAUAUCAUUGUAAUAUUACACAACGCAAACUAUUUUCAGUUAAACAGGAACAGGUAGGAACAUAAAUACAUUGUUGGAUUGCUUACUGUUUAUAACGUGUGUGUGUGGGUGUGUGUGUGUGUGUAUUGGGUGGGUGCGGGGUCUGGGGUAGUCAGUGUUUUGGUGAGUGGGGGAAGGAACAGGAAUAUCUGACAGAUUUGAACUUGUGGGAACAUUUUGAUUGGUCCCUACUAAGCCAAGUAAGGUUUCUUAUAGUUGCUGAGGUUAAGGUUAGGGUUAGAUUUAGGGAUUUCGGUGUAUAUCAGUAAUUAGCUGCCCUCUAAUUAUGUCAGCGGAAGGUCCUUACAAGGAUAGUAAGAGAAAUGUGCGCACUCAUAAUUGAGGAUCAGCACGUUGUUAGAGCGUGUGUGUGUUUUUGUGAACAGUGAGAACAUUAAACAUGGAUUUAAAUGCCCAUUAUAUGAUUGCUUCUCUCUCUCUCUCUCUCUCUCUCUCUCUCUAUCUCUGCCCAGCAUUUACGCUUAGCUUAGGCUUGCCAUCCCUCGAUGACUGGCAUGUUUACAUAGACAAAGUGCAUGGCAGUGACCCCACCCCCAUUGAGCCCUGAACCAAUAGACAUUCAGGGUGGAGAGCUAAUUUGCCUUCUUUGUGUGGAUCUGGUAAAGCAGAGAAGCCCGGAGCAGCUGCAUGCUCACAACUGCUGCUCUUUAAAGAGUCCUGAUUUCACUACUUCUCUCCCUGCUAGCUACUAGCCUGCUGAUUGCCUUCAUUCACACUCUGCAGUGAUCUUCAGCUGCGUGCCAGGAGACGGGGUUAAUCGUGUAAUCGCGUAAACCUCAGACGUAGGGCGCUAGUCACCAGUUGUUAUUGGUCUCGAUGCUCUCCACGUGCUCAUGAUGGCCGAUGAAGGCGUAGAAAAGAUGGGAAUAUAGCUACAGCUGUCUCGCGGGAAGCGCCAAAUCCAGCACGUGGGUAUCCUGUUUUCUUUCUAGUAGUAUGCGCAUAUUGUGAGUGGAUUUUAUUAGUUUUUUUUCUACCCUGUAUAUGACCCCGAAAGAGCGCGGCAAGACAAAUAUCAAAUAUGUUCUCAUCAAGGCUUUUUGAGGACAUCAGCAUAUGUACACAAAGUAUCCAUAUCUGAAUAAUACAAGAUGUUUCCUUCUAGAAAGUUGGACAGAAGGUUUUUUUUUUAUUUUUUUUUUAGUGGUUGUCCAUAGCAACAGCUCAGGAUUCAGGAUGUCUGGCAGUCGAGGUGUCUGCUGAGAUGUACAUUUUCAUCGCUGUGUACAAUUGCGAUGGCGUUACUGUCUCCACAUGGAACAUCAACACUGAGCUGAUGAGCCGAACCAAAAUCACUGAUUUUUACUCAGGUACCACGCGGGCACCUCGUGACGGCGAGCUUCCCGGGGUGGAUUACAACUUCCUGUCCGUGCAGGACUUCCUGGAGCUCGAGCAGUGCGGAACCCUUUUGGAAAUAGGAACGUACGAAGGUAACUAUUAUGGAACACCCAAGCCACCCAGCCAGCCUCGCUGUGGGACAGUGAUUACCCAGGAUGCUUUGCGACACAACCUUUCCGGCUCCUGGAAUUCCACGCCCAAGCGCACAAAGUCCUACAAUGAUAUACACCAUGCUCGAGUAGAGCCAGUUGAGCAGACAGAAGAUGCAGACUUCAGCACAGACAUGAAUAACGCUUUUACAGCACGUAGUCUCUUCCCCUCUCCACUGUUGUUCACAGGAGACUCCAGCCGGCAGGAAGUGCACGCCCCUCCCAGCGCGCUCAACAACGUGGCUGCGUCUCCCGCGGCGACCAUGGCCAGCUCCCAUCAUCCUCAGCUGCCCUUGGAGGAAGACCCGCUCGGGCCGUUGCCAGACAACUGGGAGAUGGCCUACACCGAGAACGGAGAGGUCUACUUCAUAGACCACAACACAAAGACAACCUCAUGGAUGGACCCUCGCUGUCAAGAUAAACAGCCAAAGCCUUUAGAAGAGUGUGACGACGAUGAAGAAGGUGUACACACUGAGGAGACAGAACUUGAUAGGAACUUGAUUGAACUUGCAGAAUUACCUCCAGGUUGGGAGAAGAUAGAUGACCCAGUGUAUGGUGUAUAUUAUGUAGAUCACAUAAACAGAAAGACGCAGUAUGAGAACCCGGUGUUGGAGGCUAGACGUAAAAAGCAGGUCGAUAUCCAGCAGCCACCAGAAGGUGAGCGCUACGUCAGAGAAUGGAUAGAGGAGCACUCGUCUGCUGGCGCUCCGAUCACCGCAUACAUUCCAAACCACUUGGAGACGUACCGAGAGCCUCCGAGUGGCCCACAGCUUCCGCCAGUACCAGGAUACAAACGAGGCAAGCCGUUCUUCACAAGAAACCCCGCAGAUCUCAAGGGCACAUUUAUAAGCACCAAGCUACUGAAAAGCAGGCGGGGUUUCGGCUUCACUGUGGUAGGAGGAGACGAGCCAGAUGAGUUCUUACAGAUCAAGAGUCUCAUAUUAGACGGACCAGCAGCCUUGGAUGGCAAGAUGGAGACAGGUGACGUCAUCGUCAGUGUCAAUGACACCGUCGUUCUGGGCUACACACAUGCUCAGGUAGUCAAGAUCUUCCAGUCCAUCCCUAUCGGCUCAGCUGUGCAGCUGGAACUGUGCCGUGGCUACCCGCUGCCCUUUGACCCUGAUGACCCUAACACCAGCCUGGUGACUUCAGUGGCCAUCCUUGACAAAGAGCCUAUCAUCGUCAACGGCCAGGAGGCCUUUGAUCCGCCACCCUUGGGCCCAUGUCAGUCAGGGAUGGGUACUGUGGGCACGGUGGGCAUGGAUCCACGCCCCUACAGCCCAACGGCAGAGGGCAUGAUGAUGCCAGAGAGCUACGGUAGUGACGUGGUAACCCUUGCAUCUUCAAUCGCCACGCAGCCUGAGCUCAUCACCGUGCACAUGGAGAAGGGCGACAAGGGCUUUGGCUUCACCAUUGCUGACUGUGGUGGCAUCGGUACUGCCAUUGGGGGCGGGCAGAAGGUCAAGCAAGUUGUAGACUACCCACGCUGUCGCGGACUGAAGGAGGGUGACAUUCUGGUGGAGGUGAACAAGAGGAACGUGCAGAACAUGAGCCACAACCAGGUGGUGGAGCUGCUCAGCAAGUGUCCUAAAGGCAGUGAGGUCACCAUGCUGGUACAGAGAGGGGUGGUCCAGGCCAAGAGGAGUCCUAAAGUGGUGCAGUUGGAGAGGAAGGACAGCCAGGGAAGCUCUCAGCACAGCGUGUGCAGCCACCGCAGCACCCACACAGAUUCACCGGCCCGCGCCGUACCUGCUGUGCCCCCUGUGCCCACUGAGACGCUGGCAGCUCCGCCCCCGGUGCCACCUCCUCCGACCCAGCCCCUGCCAAGCUUGCCCCCAUUGGAGCCACCCACCAAUGGCACCCUUCAGAAGAAACCCGAUCCUUUCAAGAUCUGGGCACAAUCCAGGAGCAUGUACGAGAGCCGAAUGCCGGAUUCUCAAGAACAAGACAUCUUUCUCUGGAGAAAAGACACAGGAUUCGGCUUCAGGAUCCUUGGCGGGAAUGAACCUGGAGAACCGAUCUACAUUGGCCACAUAGUGAAGUAUGGCGCGGCAGAUGAGGAUGGACGCCUGCGCUCUGGGGAUGAGCUGAUAUGUGUGGAUGGAACAGCCGUGGUGGGCAAAUCCCACCAGCUGGUGGUGCAGCUCAUGCAGCAGGCAGCCAAGCAGGGCCACGUCAAUCUCACAGUCCGCCGCAAAACAAGCUACGGAGUGUGCAAGGGUGAGGGAGACGUGCCUCCGUCCCCUGCCUCGUCUCACCACAGCAGCACUCAGGCACCAUCUCUGACUGAAGAGAAGCGCACGCCGCAGGGCAGCCAGAACUCCUUGAACACAGUCAGCUCGGGCUCAGGCUCCACCAGUGGCAUUGGCAGCGGUGGUGGAGGAGGAAGCGGCAGUGCUGUGGUGCCCGCCAUGGUGCCCGCAGUACCCACAGCCCUACAGCCGUACGACGUAGAGAUCCAGAGGGGCGAGAACGAGGGCUUCGGCUUUGUCAUUGUCUCAUCCGUGUCACGGCCUGAUGCCGGCACUACGUUUGCAGCUGGAAAUGCAUGUGUGGCCAUGCCCCAUAAAAUAGGGCGGAUCAUCGAGGCCAGUCCAGCGGAUCGCUGUGGGAAACUGAAAGUGGGCGAUCGCAUCCUCGCUGUCAACAGCUGCUCCAUAACCAACAAAUCCCACUCAGACAUCGUCAACCUGAUCAAAGAGGCUGGGAACACGGUUACACUGCGCAUCAUCCCAGGAGACGAAUCUUCAAAUGCCGCCCUGCUGACCAAUGCCGAGAAGAUUGCCACAAUCACCACCACACACACACCUCAAAGCAGCAGUGAGACCAGAAACAACAAAUCAAAACAGGCUCCGCCCCAACCUGGAACACAAAUGUCUCAUCAGGAAGCUGAGUAUUACUCUGUGGACCUGGAACGAGACAAUAAAGGCUUUGGCUUCAGCCUGAGAGGAGGGAAAGAGUAUAACAUGGACUUGUAUGUAUUGAGACUUGCAGAAGAUGGAGCUGCAGUGAGAAAUGGCAAGAUGAGGGUAGGAGAUGAGAUUUUGGAGAUUAAUGGAGAGAGCACUAAGAACAUGAAACAUUCCCGUGCCAUCGAGCUCAUCAAGAAUGGUGGUCGGCGAGCGAGAUUGGUCUUAAAGAGAGGUGAUGGCUCUGUGCCUGAAUAUGACGGGCCCAAUGACGGGUACCCUGCCCCACCCGGGCCACAAAAUAUUCCGGAAGUGAGAACGCUGCUGCCCAAUGCCCGCUUUCACCUCCCAUUGGAGAACAGCUACACAUCAGAACACCACACAAACCCCUGGUCCCAGGAGCAGUGGCAGAGAGGUAGAGGGCAUGAACGAGAGAAGGAUCUGGGUAGGGAGGAGUACAGAGGCAACACCCAUCACCCCAAACACCCUCAGAACCAUACCUGGAGCAACAAUCGUGCUAAUACCCGAGGUGUCCACUUGCCCUUGCAUUCCCCUUCACGUUCACCUGAAAACGACAAGAAGAACUCUGGCCGCAAAGUCAAGAAAUCUGAGUCAGAAAGCGGCAUCGCCAAGCUCUUCAAGACGCUGAGGAAAGAGAGUGGCUUUGGGAAGAAGCCCACGGACCGGGAGGCUCGAGGCCGCCAUCGCUCCCCAGAAAGAAGGAAAGGCACAAAAACACGCCGUGGCUCUUUGGAUCGCUCCCCAACACGUAAAAAUGGCUCUUCUCCAGACCGGCGUAGGGCAAAAUCCAUGGACCGAAGGGCAGAAUGCUCACAACGUGAUUAUUCUCCAGAACAAGGCUCUCAUGGUUCUAAUCACAUUUUAAACCGACAGAUCGGAACACCGGAAAGGCAUUUCCAGCCCCAGCAGAAAUGGCAGCCACAGACACCCAGCCGGAGCUACCAAGAAGAGGGCUACCUCACCUCCACUCCAGAGAGACCCAAUAACGGCCUAAAGAAUGGGCUUUCUUCCUGCGAGCGGGAGGAGAGGUAUUGGAGCAAUGGCACACCGCAGAGAUCCUACCGGAGAGAAUCAGACAGCAGCAGCAAUAGCAGUUACCUUGAAGAGGCGGCCGCUCCCAGGCUGAAGGAUUACUACAACGCCAUGAAAGCCAACACCACGAUCUCAAUUCCCCAGUCCAAGAGACGGCUUUACAAAGAGAACCAAGCCGAUCUCAGCAUCUGAGCACGGGAAACCCAUAAUCAUAAACACUCACCCAGCUGGAUAGCUGAUAAUAUCACACUGGUUUUAAAAAGCCUAAUGAGGUGACUGAUUGAUUGUUUGAAUGAAUGGUAAAAGGAGUGACUGAUUCUUCAAUUGGUUGAUUAAUAAAUUGAUUAAUUGAUUGCACAGUCGACUUAUUUUAUGUCUGCACAUUUUAUCCCAGGACAAGAAAAUUCUGCAGACCAGCCACAAACACAGCAACAGAACAAUCUUAUGUCUACUUUAUUCAUUUUGUUUGUUUGUUUGUUUUAUAUCUCUACAGUGUUGUGUUGAUCAGAGAGUGAGGUUUUGUGCAAAUAGGUGUCAGAUCAGUCAAGAGAGCACGUUUCCCCCCCUCUGUUGAACUUGCAUUUCAUUUUUGAAGUAAUUUUUUAAUUCAUAUUUUUUUAAUGCUAUGUGUCCUAUAUAUUCCUCAUAACUGCAAUUUUAGCAGACCAGAGCACAAGGGUGUUUGUACAUUUUAUGGAUGAAUACAUGUGUUUACGUAUGUGCGUGAUCAUCUCAAGUUAAGGCAAAAAUUUAUAUAUAUAUA